AUGCAAAGCAUCCGACAAAUCGAACGUCUCAACCAAACCGAACUCGACAAAUGCAUCCCCUCUAAUGCAUCAUGGCACACCGACUAUCGCGACACCGCCUACCUCUACAUCGGGGGUUUACCUUUUGAGCUCUCGGAAGGCGACAUCCUGACCAUUUUCAGCCAAUAUGGCAAUCCCGUGCACAUCAACCUCGUCCGCGACAAGGACACGGGCAAGUCGCGCGGCUUCUGCUUUCUCAAAUACGAGGAUCAGCGGAGUUGCGAUCUGGCCGUCGACAAUUUGAGUGGUGCGGGUGUCAUGGGUCGAGUCAUCAGUGUGGACCAUACGAGGUAUAAGAAGAAG